GUCAGAGUGAGAGCUCCUCUUCUUCUUCUUCGUCUUCUCUUCUCUGUUCCUCCUCCGUCUCCUCCGCUAGCUUAGCCUGCUAGCCUACCUCAGGUAAACAUGGCCCUGUCCCAGGCUCUGUCAGAGGAGGAGUUCCAUCGGAUGCAGGCUCAGCUGUUGGAGCUCAGGACUCAGAACUACCAGCUGUCUGAUGAUCUCAGGAAGAACUCGGCCGAACUGAACGCCGUCCGUCAGAAGAAUGCGGUUUUGGAAAGAGAUUUUGUCAAAGCACAGAAGGCUUUGAAUAAGAGCAAGAAAGCUCAGGAGGUGGAGGCGCUGCUGAGUGAGAAUGAGAUGCUUCAGGGGAAGCUCCACAGUCAGGAGGAAGACUUCAGACUACAGAACAGCACGCUGAUGACUGAACUCUCCAAGCUGUGUACGCAGAUCGAGCAGCUGGAGCAGGAGAACCAGGGCCUGAAGGACGGAGCGGCCUCCGCAUCCAGCCCCCCACCCAACCCCACCUCCAGCCCUGUGGAUGGAGAGCUGCUCCGCCUGCAGGCUGAGAACUCCACCCUGCUGAAGAAAAUGAAAUCUCUCCAGGAGCGCUCCGACAUGGAGGUCCAGAGACAGGCGGUCACCGAGGGCAACGAGGGUGCUGCCACGGUGACAGCCGGCGCCAACGGAGUCUCUGAUGCCACAGGGAAGGGGGAGGAGCCAACAGCAGAGGGAGCCAAUGAGAGACUAGAACAGAAGGAGGCUCAGCUGGAACACAAAGAGAAGCAGCUACAUGGCCUGUCAGAGAAGAGCGUAGAGAAGAUUGUAGCUAAGCAGGCAGCGCUAGGCUGGUCGGCUGCUCUCUGUCCAAUAACUCACUGCUUUGGACCAGAGCUGGAGAUGGCACUGAACACCGAGCAGGAGGAGAAGAGGCUGCUGAGGGAGCAGAUCCACGCCCUGGAGGCGUCCAAACAGGCAGACAUCACCAAACUGCAGGAAGAGAUCACAAAGCUGACCGACAAGUUAAAGAAGAAGCAGGAGAGUUUUCAGCGCCUGCAGGGAGAGAAGGAGGCCCUGUACAACGACAGCAGGACAAAGAUUGAUGAGAUCAACCAAAGAAAAGAAGAGGAGCUGAAGGCCACCAACACCCGCAUCCAGAAGCUGCAGUCAGACGUCCUGGGAGCCAAUCAGGUGACAGGUGAGCUGAGGGAGCAUCUGCAGAGCAAAGAGAAAGAACAUGAGCUGGCUCUGCACACACUGAGAGACCAGGUAGCCAAUCAGAGCGCAGUGAGUCAGGAGCAGGUGGACAGCAUCCUGCAGGAGAACGAUGCUCUGAGGACAAACCUAGCCGCUCUAGAACAGGAGAACAGUUCUCUGAGGACUAACCUGAGCGCUCUGGAACAGAUCCAGACGGUGAAGACGCAGGAGAUGAAUCUGUUGCGGGAGCAGCAGGAGGCGCUGACCCUGGAGCUGCAGCAGAGACGAGCCGAGCAGGAGGGUCUGCUGAACCAGAGGGACGACCUGGACUCCCAGCUGCAGGAGUCUAGUUUUGCCAACAGGAAGUUGUUGGAGCAGCUGACGGAGGAAGGACAAGAGAAGGAGAAGCUGCUCAAAGAUCUGGAUGAGGCCAAGAAGACGGCAGAGAAGAGGAAGGCCAUGUUGGAUGACAUGGCGGUGCAGCUGAUGCAGGAGAAGUCCGACCACAAGGAGGCGCUGUCCGACCUCAAACUGCAGCACGAGAAGGAGGUCCUGGGGGUGAGGGCUCGAUACGAGAAGGAGCUCCGAGGCCUCCAUGAAGACAAGAACCGCUCCGAGGAGGAGAUCCGACAGCAGCUGAGAGAUGAAAAGGCCCGGUCGAAGGCGCUGGAGGGGCUGCAGCAGCGGGUGGAGGAGCUGCAGGCUCAGGUUCAGUCAAUGGAGGGAACCAAGGGAUGGUUCGAGAGACGACUGAAGGAGUCCGAGGAGAACAUCGAGAAGAACACUCUGGAACAUCAGGAGGAGAUCGAGCGGCUGCAGAAAGAACACACUCUUCAGCUGGAGGAGAAGCAGUCGGAGAUGGAGGGCUUGAAGCAGCAGCUGCAGGAGGUGGAGAAACAGAAGGAGGAACACAACGCCGCCAUGGAGAAACUCAAACAGGAGAUAAAGGACACUGUGGACGGGCAGAGGAUUUUAGAGAAGAAGGGAAGUGCAGCGCUGAAGGACUUGAAGCGGCAGCUGCAGCUGGAGAGGAAGAGAGCGGACAAACUGCAGGAGAGGCUGCAGGAGAUCCUGACCAACAGCAAGACCAGGACAGGUCUGGAGGAGCUGGUUCUGUCAGAGAUCAACAGUCCCAGUCGGACUCAGCAGACCGGAGACUCGUCCUCCGUCUCCUCCUUCUCCUACAGAGACAUGAUGAAGGAGUCCCAGCCGACCAAUCAGAACAAGUCUGGAGGAGGCAGCCCUCAGUCUCAGCGUCCAGCUGAGUUAUCUGAUGACGAGGUCGGGGAGUUGUUCCAGCGUCUGGCCGAGGUUCAGCAGGAAAAAUGGAUGCUGGAGGAGAAGGUGAAACACCUGGAGGUGAGCUGCUCGUCGAUGGCUGAAGACAUCUGCAGGAAGAGCUCCAUCAUAGAGACCUACGUGAUGGACAGCCGUAUAGAUGUGUCGGGCAGCGCGGUGGGAGGUCACGGAGUCCACGGGGGACACGGUGGUCAUGGAGGCUCUCUGGGGGAGAGAGGAGGUCUGGGCUCGGUGCUCCGGGACCUGGUGAAGCCGGGAGACGAGAACCUGAGAGAGAUGAACAAGAAGCUGCAGAACAUGCUGGAGGAGCAGCUGACCAAGAACAUGCACCUGCAGAAGGACCUGGAGCUUUUGUCCCAGGAAUUAGUCCGUCUCAGUAAAGAGAGUCCCGGUGGCGGUGCUGCCGGGUCGGGGUGAGACUAUCACCUGGUAACAUCCGUCCCUUCGCUUUCCUUCCCACUACUGUUGAUCACCUCAGCUGGAGAGUUUGGGCUGGGCUCAGACUAACACCUGGCACCAACAUUUCUUCCUCUUUCAUUCGUUGCGUUUGUGACCUCAGAACGGUCGUCUCUCGAAGGAAAGAGGAGACGGUAUGUUGUGAAGAAGAAGCUUAAGACAGGAGGGAAUGGAAACGUUUGGUCAGCUCAUUUGUGUCGCUAUUGAAUGUACUGUAAUUAGACUGCACCACUCAGUUCCUCUGAGCCCUGGCUACAACCUGGAAAACAAACAUUGUAACUGACUAUAAUGCUUUACUUUAUGCUUGUUUCUGUAUGAAGAUUCUGUCUGUCUCCUGGGUCCUGGCUAUGUCCUGGAAAACAUUUGCCUGGUGUAUAACUGAGUGAAUGGUUUAUUUUCUUGUUUAUGUGCAGUAACUCUGUUGUGAUCUGGCUAUUUACUGGGCUUCCUGUCUGCAACUAAAUACUUCAGUAGUAAAUGCCCCGGGGUUUGGGGGGGGGGUCUGUCUAUGACCUGGAUUGAAGAGGUUCAGCUUUGGUAUUUAUUUUACCUGGGCUCAAUAUGACUUUUUUGGCCACAUUUCUGAACGGUUUCCCCUUUUCGUCUCUUAGACACAAACACAUAAAGAGAAUAGAGUAAGAUUUCCAUUUAUACAUGGGAGUUAGUCUCAGCCAAGCUGCUACACCUACAAUAAUCAGCGAGCAAUUCAAAGAAAGAUGUCCAGGUCUGCAGCUUCUGCUAACAAACCUUCAACGCAAAUAACGAUGUGCGACACCAUGCUGUGAGAAGACAGUUAAAUAAAGAGAAUGAUAUAAAUAUUCACAUUAUUUUCUGAUAACUCCCUUGAACUUUAAUCAGUGUUCAUCGGCCAUGGCUAUGUCAUGGAGCACAAACUGUAAUCACAUGUUAAUUGAUUGACUUUUGUUCCUUCCAUUAAUUUAGUUUUGCGGUUGUUUUUGGGCCAUGGGUAUGUCCUGAACAUGAUUUGUGUCUUGUGUGGAUGUUGGAAAGACACGCCUGGUUAUAAUGUGGGACAUUUCUGCAUUUUUAAUUUAUUCUGCAAUGAAACAAAAGAUCCUUGUUGGAAACGCACCUCCGUCUCCUGUCACUAAAUGUUACAGGAAAGUCAUGGUUCAGGGUAUUUGCUGGAUUUUAAAGACUGUCCUCAUCUGUAAUGCAUUUAGGACUUGGUGUUUUUGGGGUUUUAUCCAAACAAUAUAAAUGUAAUACAUUGAUCAGAUUAUGUAUAAUUUAAAGGCAUGAAAAUAUAACACAUUCAACGCUCGUUUAGUUAAAAGGAUCUAAAUUAUUCACUGCUUUUUAAAAAGUUGGUUUUGCGUUUGCCUUCACAUCCUCCGGGGCGUCUGAUUUAUUGAAGUCUGGGUUGGAAAUGUCUCUGAAAUGGAAACUCAAAUGUCUCGUCUCUUUGCUUUGUUUGUUUUGGAUAAUUCAGCUCUGUUGAAUCACAUGAACUGUUUGUCUUGCACUAUUACUUUUUUGUGUGACUUAUUUCCAGCCCUACUGGGGACACCAAACGGUGCAAAAAAAAUAAGUGUUUUCUGUUGGGCUCGGUCUACUUCCUGCUUGAAACAACAUUUUAUUUUGACUGUAUCUUAAAAAUCUGUAACAAAAAGUUGAGUUUUCAACACUCACGCUUCCUGUCAGGCUCUGCCUGUGUUUGCUACAUGGACCCUGACUACGUCCUGGGCUGAACCUCUGGCACAGGCUGCCUCUGGUGACCGGGCUUUGACUACAUCCUGAAUAUUAUGCUGGUAGCAGACUGUGCAUUUUAUGUUGUAACUGCCUGUACAUUUCUGCUUCAUUUUUUUGUUUGUACUCUGCAAAGUAAUAUACAUUUCAGUCAGAACUUCUCAGAUCGAAUGAGAAAAACUUGACUUGUUUUCAGGCAGCUUUUAUUCAACCUCAGAUCCUUAAGACCCAAACGUAAUGGCAUUAUUAAAUAUUUAAAUGAGGUGAAUGUAAAAAGAAAUAUGAUCUUGAUGUCACAGUGUAAAUCUAAUUUUAAACACUUAAUAGUUAAGGGUUUAGCUGCACUGAAACACAUGAAGGUUUUCCCUCUUUCACUGAGACUGACUGAGCGGGAUCGGUCUAUGUGCUGGACAGUGACUCGGCCCGUUGCUUUGUUUUGUUUGUAAUGUUUAAAUCUGUAUGUGUAUAUACACGCUGUGAUAUGACUUCUAACUAUGAAGAAUCAACUGAUCUAUUUAUGAGUCUGAUGAAUAUGACGCUAAUUAUUGUAACAUGAAAAUAUGAUAUAAAAAUUAUUGUCUGGA